GUUAUGGUCCUCACAAACACGCCAUUUUUCCGUAGGGCUCGUCUUUGUUGUGAUUGAUUUGAUUACUUUACUGGCGUUGGGUCAUGUGAUUGUGGUGUGGCUUUUAUUGAGAUUUGUUUUUCAACAUUCUCCUGUUCUUUUAUGCUUUCCGUUUCUCCCGUGAAAAUGGCAUCUGCUAAAGUGACAUUCUCCUGAUAAUUAGGCCCUUUGGUCUUCAUGUUUGAUAAGUUACCUCUGCUGAUCUAUAUUCCCACCGCCUAUUCUUGCUUAAUUUAAGUUCUCAGUCUUUUUCAUCCUCCUUACACUAGAGUAGACACCCAAAGAAAACACAGAAAAACAGAAGAUAAACCACAUUCUUGGGCAUUAGAGAAUUUUCAUCUGAAUAAUUCUUCUUUUGAGGUUCAUCGCUUUCUUGAAUUUCUUCCCAAAAAUCAGACUGCUAGAAGGUUAAUGAGAAUGAAGAAGUAUCUACAUCAACGUCUUCCAUUAAUGCAGUGAGGAUCUGCAUCUAGCUUUUCUCCACCAACAAGAUAACAGUGUGCAGAUUGGAGCCUAAGAAGCAUGGAUCCUAACUACUCAAAGUGUUGGAGCGCUUCCAAGAAGGAAUCUUGGAAGAAUAUUUUGCUCUUGGCUUUUCAAAGUCUUGGUGUAGUAUAUGGGGACCUAAGCAUUUCCCCUCUUUACGUAUUCAAGAGCACAUUUGCAGAAGACAUUCAUCACUCUGAAACUAAUGAAGAGAUUUUUGGCACUCUCUCGUUUGUUUUCUGGACUCUAACUCUAGUUCCUUUGUUCAAGUACGUGUUUAUCGUCCUUCGUGCUGAUGACAAUGGCGAGGGUGGUACUUUUGCCCUUUAUUCGCUAAUAUGCAGGCAUGCUAAAGUAAGCCUUCUGCCUAACCGACAAGUUGCUGACGAAGCAUUGUCUACAUAUAAAAUGGAGCACCGGCCGGAGAAAAAGAGCAGCUCUAGGGCUAAAUUGUUUCUUGAGGAACACAAAUCAUUGCAUACUGCUUUGCUGAUCUUGGUUCUUGUUGGCACUUGUAUGGUAAUUGGAGAUGGAGUGCUCACUCCAGCAAUUUCAGUUUUCUCUGCGGUUUCUGGCCUUGAGUUGUCCAUGUCUAAGGAGCAUCACCAAUAUGCAGUGAUUCCAAUUACCUGCUUCAUUUUAGUAUGUCUAUUUGCGUUGCAACAUUAUGGCACCCACCGGAUUGGCUUCCUUUUCGCACCAGUGGUGUUGACUUGGCUACUAUGCAUCAGUUCCCUUGGCUUGUACAACAUAUUUUCUUGGAACCAACAAGUUUAUAAAGCCCUUUCGCCCUACUACAUGUUCAAGUUCUUGAAAAAGACAAGAAAAAGUGGAUGGAUGUCAUUGGGUGGAAUUUUGUUGUGCAUAACAGGUUCGGAGGUAAUGUUUGCUGAUCUUGGCCACUUCUCAUAUGAUGCAAUUCAGAUUGCUUUCACUUUUUUGGUGUAUCCAGCACUUAUUUUGGCAUAUAUGGGUCAAGCUGCCUACUUGUCAAUGCAUCACGACGCCAGUUCCCAGAUCAGUUUUUAUGUCUCUGUCCCAGAGAUUGUGAGGUGGCCAGUGCUCAUAAUAGCAAUCCUUGCUUCUGUUGUGGGAAGCCAAGCGAUCAUAAGUGGAACAUUUUCCAUCAUCAACCAGAGUCAAUCACUUGGUUGUUUUCCAAGAGUCAAAGUUGUUCACACCUCUAAUAAGAUUCACGGUCAAAUCUACAUCCCUGAAAUCAACUGGUUGCUGAUGAUCCUCUGCAUUGCUGUGACCAUUGGAUUCAGAGAUAUUAAACACAUGGGAAAUGCAUCAGGACUUGCAGUUAUGGCAGUGAUGCUCGUAACAACAUGCCUCACGUCCUUGGUCAUCAUCCUAUGUUGGCACAAACCGCCUAUAUUAGCUCUUUCCUUCCUCCUCUUCUUCGGCUCAAUCGAAUUACUCUACUUCUCAGCUUCGCUCAUUAAAUUCCGCGAGGGUGCUUGGCUCCCCAUCCUCCUAGCACUCUUUCUUGUCACCAUCAUGUUUGUUUGGCACUAUGCCACCAUCAAAAAAUACGAAUAUGACCUCCACAACAAGGUCUCAUUAGAAUGGCUAUUAGCCCUGGGUCCCAGCUUAGGCAUUUCACGGGUACCCGGUAUUGGCAUUGUGUUCACCAAUCUCACCUCUGGAAUUCCUGCCAAUUUCUCCCGCUUUGUCACCAAUCUACCUGCCUUCCACCGUACCCUUGUAUUCGUAUGUAUAAAAUCAGUUCCAGUCCCUUAUGUUCCUCCGGCUGAACGGUACCUUGUGGGCCGCGUAGGGCCCCCGGCCCACCGGUCAUACAGGUGUAUCGUCCGUUACGGAUACCGUGACGUUCAUCAGGAUGUUGAUUCCUUUGAAUCUGAACUUGUUGACAAGCUGGCGAAUUUUAUCCGUUACAACUGGUCUCAGAGUCCUGUGAAUUUCGAUUCUGUUAACGAGGAUGGAGGGUCCCGAUCCAGCGAGGGUAGAUUGGCGGUCAUUGGGAUGCUGGCGUCAGAUUUUGAUCUAGAGGAAAGUGUGCGACCUGAAAGCGUGUCCGUUAGUUUUCCAACUGUGAAUAGUGUGUCCGAUGUUAUUGAGAUGGAGAAUGUUGGUGUCGUGGACAAAAGAGUGAGGUUUGCGAUUGAUGAGUCCAAUUCUGAUUCUGAGUCCGAGUUUAGUGCAACAUUUGCAGCUGAUGCACUGUUGCAAGAGGAGUUGCAAGAGUUGUUUGAGGCACAACAAGCUGGGACUGCAUUUAUACUCGGGCACUCGCAUGUUAAGGCAAAACAAGGAUCGUCGAUUCUGAAGAGACUGGCAAUCAAUUACGGGUACAAUUUCCUACGGAGGAAUUGCCGGGGGGCAGAUGUGGCACUCAAGGUGCCUCCGGUGUCACUUCUUGAGGUUGGAAUGGUUUAUAUUGUAUAGUUUGCAAAAUGUUACUUGGAGUUCUGUUUUCAUUUUAUAUUGAGGAAGAAUCUCCAAUCUCAAGUGGGUUCCCACAUGCCAUUUGUGGUAUGUAUAGUUCAUGUUUUUCUUGUUUAAUAGAUAUGGUAGUUUUGUCG